UCAAUAUACUUUCUUUUUAUGCCAUUAGAUGAUAAUAAGGAGAACAGAUUUGCAGCUGAGCUGGAUGAAUAUGGGUCGGAUACAAUGAGUGAAAUAAAUAUUGUUGGGAGAAUUAUCUUAAAUAUUUGGAGAAUGAUGAGAAAUGAGGUGAAUCUAAUGAAUUACACCUUUGAAAAUGUGGGCUUUCAUGUUCUUCAUCAGCGUUUUCCUCUGUUUACUUUCCGAGUCCUGUCUGACUGGUUUGAUAACAAGGCGGAUGUCUACAGAUGGAAAAUGGUUGAUCAUUAUGUUAGCCGGGUCCAUGGGAACCUCCAGUUGUUACGAAAACUGGAUUUGAUUGACAGAACAAGUGAAAUGGCGAGACUUUUUGGCAUUCAGUUCUUACAUGUUUUAACAAGAGGCUCCCAGUAUCGUGUGGAAUCUAUGAUGCUGCGUGUUGCAAAGCCAAUGAAUUAUAUCCCUGUGACACCCAGUAUCCAGCAGCGAGCUCAAAUGAAAGCCCCUCAAUGCGUUCCCUUAAUAAUGGAGCCCGAAUCCCGCUUCUACAGCAAUGCUGUUCUUGUACUGGACUUCCAGUCAUUAUAUCCUUCCAUUGUGAUAGCAUACAACUACUGCUUUUCAACCUGUCUGGGACCUGUUGAAAACUUGGGAAAAUAUGAUGCAUUCAAAUUUGGCUGCACCUCUCUGAGAGUACCUCCUGAUUUGCUUUACCAGAUUAGGCAUGAUAUCACAGUGUCACCCAGUGGUGUGGCUUUUGUCAAGCCUUCAGUAAGAAAGGGCGUGCUGCCGAGAAUGCUUGAAGAAAUCCUGAAGACAAGGAUAAUGGUGAAACAGUCAAUGAAGGCUUACAAACAUGACAAGGCUAUAAGUCGAAUGCUUGAAGCUCGUCAGUUAGGUCUUAAAUAUAUAGCUAAUUUUACAUAUGGUUAUACUGCUGCUAAUUUUUCUGGAAGAAUGCCAUGUAUUGAGCUUGGGGACAGCAUUGUCCACAAAGCCAGAGAAACAUUGGAGCGUGCUAUAAAACUGGUGAAUGAUACCAAAAAAUGGGGUGCUCACGUUGUGUAUGGAGAUACGGACAGCAUGUUUGUACUCUUGAAAGGAGCCACUAAGGAGCAAUCUUUUAAGAUUGGUCAAGAAAUUGCUGAAGCUGUAACAGCGACAAACCCCAAACCUGUUAAACUGAAGUUUGAAAAGGUCUACUUGCCAUGUGUCCUACAAACUAAAAAGAGGUAUGUGGGUUACAUGUAUGAAACACUGGACCAGAAGGACCCAGUAUUUGAUGCAAAAGGCAUAGAGACUGUCCGAAGGGACUCUUGUCCUGCUGUUUCCAAGAUACUUGAGUGUUCUAUCAAGCUGCUAUUUGAAACACGUGACAUAAGUCAGAUCAAACAGUACGUGCAGAACCAGUGCAUGAAGUUACUGGAAGGAAAAGCCAGCAUACAAGACUUCAUCUUUGCAAAAGAAUACAGAGGUAGCUCUGCUUACAAGCCUGGAUCCUGCGUACCAGCCCUGGAAAUCACCAGGAGAAUGCUCGCCUACGACCGCCGCUCUGAACCACGGGUUGGGGAGCGGGUGCCCUAUGUCAUUGUGUACGGCAUGCCUGGGCUGCCCCUCAUCCAGCUGGUGAGGCGGCCCGCCGAAGUGCUGCAGGACCCCAGCCUGAGGCUGAACGCCACCUACUACAUCACCAAACAGAUUCUGCCACCGCUGGCCAGGGUCUUCUCACUGAUUGGCAUAGAUGUCUUCAGCUGGUAUCAUGAACUGCCAAGGAUUCAGAAAACUGCUUCUACUGCCCGCAGUGAGCUGGAAGGACGGAAAGGCACCAUCUCGCAGUAUUUCACGACCUUACACUGUCCCGUGUGUGAUGAACUGACCCAGUAUGGGAUCUGUACUAAGUGCAGAAGCCAGCCACAGCAUGUGGCAGUGAUUCUCAACCAAGAAAUCCGAGAGCUGGAGCGCAAGCAAGACCAGCUGGUCAAGAUAUGCAAGAACUGUACAGGCUGCUUUGACCGACAGAUCCCGUGUGUCUCCCUGAACUGCCCAGUGCUUUUCAAGCUGUCCCGAGUGAGCAGAGAACUAUCGAAGGCACCGUACCUCCGCCAGCUCCUCGACCAGUUCUGAUCGAUCUGUUACGGGAUUCCAGGUGCUAUUUUGUUUCAGUGUUUACCACACUAGGACUAUUGUGCAUGGUGCUUUUUCAACUCAUCUAGUCCAGGAUUUCCAUUUUAACUGUCGGGUUUAUUAUCUGAGGAAUAAAACGAACGCUUAUCCUAACUAAAUUAAAAAAAUGCAUUUGUUGA